GGCGGGGUUUUGCUACAGGUUGGAGGGCGACCCAGCGCGGCGCGGUAUAACCGCGGCCCGAGGGCUGGAACACCCGGACGGACCGCGUGGGGCAUUCCUGGCUGGAUUCUGAGUUCAAGCUGGGGCCAUCUUCUGACUGAGAUCCUGAGCCAAGCCCAGGGGAAGGGCAGGGCAUCUUCAGGUCCCUGCUCCUGGACACUCAGCUCCACCGGGCCUGGCUAUGGCACUGUGCCUAAAGCAAGUGUUUGCCAAGGACAAGACUUUCCGGCCCCGGAAGCGGUUUGAGCCAGGCACACAGCGCUUUGAGCUGUAUAAGAAGGCGCAAGCCUCUCUCAAGUCUGGCCUGGACCUGCGCAGUGUGGUGAGGUUGCCGCCGGGGGAGAACAUUGAUGACUGGAUCGCAGUGCAUGUGGUGGACUUCUUCAACCGAAUCAACCUCAUCUAUGGCACCAUGGCUGAGCACUGCAGUGAGACCAGCUGCCCAGUCAUGGCUGGUGGGCCCCGCUAUGAGUACCGCUGGCAGGAUGAGCGUCAGUACCGCAGGCCUGCCAAGCUCUCAGCACCCCUCUAUAUGGCAUUGCUCAUGGACUGGAUUGAGGGCCUCAUCAAUGACGAGGAUGUCUUUCCCACCCGUGUUGGAGUUCCCUUCCCCAAGAACUUCCAGCAGGUCUGUACCAAGAUUCUGACCCGCCUCUUCCGAGUCUUUGUGCAUGUCUACAUCCACCACUUUGACAGCAUCCUCAGCAUGGGGGCAGAGGCACAUGUCAACACCUGCUACAAGCACUUUUACUACUUCAUCCAAGAGUUCAGCCUGGUGGACCAGCGGGAACUGGAGCCACUGAAGGAAAUGACAGAAAGGAUCUGUCACUGAGUCCAGACCUGGAUGUUGUCACCUGUCAGAUGGACCAUCUGAACACAGUGUAGCUGGGAGAGGGAACCCUCAGGAGCCUGUUCGUAGAGCAAUCUGAAGGCCUAUAGGACCCCUCUACAAACCCACCCUCUAGGCUUCUCAGGAGUCUGCCUAUGUGUCCCCCACAUGUGAAUGGAGAAGGGAGGGCUUCAAGUAGGCAACAGGAGAAAAAGAGGAGUUAAACCGCUCACAAUAAGCCUGAGAGUGGGGUAGGCUACCAAGUUUCUGCUCUGAUACUUUACCGUUCCACCCUACCAUGGCAGUUCCCAAGUCUGUUUGGGGAAUAUGGAUAUGGCUAAGGUGAUGACAGAAAAGUUAGAAGAGAGUGAGUACCUGGAUCUGAGCAGG